AAAAAAAAUGUCAUUAACAGAGCUUGAACUUCCUGGGUUCCGUUUUCAUCCCACUGAAGAAGAACUUAUCAAUUUUUACCUCAAAAGAAUUAUCAAUGAUGAUAAAAUCGAUUCUAAUACCAUUGGUUUUCUCAACAUAUAUCUCUAUGAUCCUUGGGAGUUACCUGGGAUGGCAAGAAUAGGGGAAAGAGAGUGGUAUUUUUUUGUACCAAUAAACAGGAAACAUGGUCCUAAAGGGAGGCCCAAUAGAACAACAAGAAAUGGUUUUUGGAAGGCAACUGGUUCUGAUCGUCAAAUUCGUUCUUCAUUAGAACCAAAAAAAGCCAUUGGUCUUAAGAAAACUUUGGUUUUCUAUGGUGGAAGGGCACCUAAAGGCACCAGAACAGAUUGGGUCAUGAAUGAGUACAGACUUCCUCAUGGACAUAAGGAUCAUGACAUAGUACUCUGCAAAGUGUAUAGAAAGGCAACCUCCUUUAAAGUAUUGGAGGAAAGGGCAAUGAUUGAAGAAGAUGCAGCAAAAACAUAUUUGGCAUCAGCUCCUCAUGAUGAAUCACAGGACAUGCUUGCUUCUUUGGAAUCAUCAUCAUCAAAAAAUGACAUGUAUUUCAAAAGUUGUGAAGAAGAAAAUCACGAAUUGUUAGGAUCAAAUGCAUUUGUGGAACCACCCAAAUUUAGCAUUGACUCAUUGUCAAGUCCUCUUUGGAGUACAGGGCAAGACUCGUGGACUCUAUUUUCUUUGUCCUGA